CUAACUAAAUGACUAAAAUGGGGUUAAAAACGACUGAAUUAAUUAAAAUUAUAAGGUGCGGCGAUAAUUAUUUAAGCGUUGUUGAUAAGAAUUGUGGAACAGGAAAUGGUGUAGAUUAGAAAAACAUUUUCACGCUUGCGCCACCUAAAAUCGAUCCGAUUUCAAGGUAAAACUCAACUAUUUACCAUUCCGUUAACGAAUUGAGAUGAAAAUUCGUUAAAAAAGAAGCGGGACCUUAAAAAACCAAUAAGAACGCGCGAAAAUACCCAAAAGGAGUGAAAAAAAGUUAUUAACCAAAAAAAAUGGGUUCAAAAUCAGAUGAAAAUUUCAAAGCUAAACUAAUAGCAAAUGUCAAAAAAGAGGUAAAACAAGUCAUGGAAGAAUCGGUAACGAGAAAAUUCGUUCACGAAGAAUCAGGAUCGGUAACAGCUUUAUGUGGGGCUGUUGAAGCUUGUUUAUCUCAAGGUUUACGAAGACGUGCUUUAGGCCUAUUUAAAACAUCCUCAACGACCGCUUUACUCCAUAAAAUAGCAAAACACAGCCCGGAAGCGGCGAUAAUCUCGAAAAAACUCCAACAAAUUGAAAAUUCCGACCCAAAUCGGCGAUCAUCGAGCAGUAGCGAUAGUUUAACGAAACCGACGUUAAAGAAAAACGCUUCGUUUCAUGGUCUCGCAACGACGCAACCUAAACAUUUAUGGAUCCGUUUGGCGCUAUUUGAAAGGAACCUCCCGAAAGUGAUCGAUUUUUUGGUUCAAAACGCGUCGAAGUAUUACGAAAGAGAUAGUUUGGUUGCCGAUGCGGAUUACGGAUCGAUUUUGAGUUCGCUUUUGGUGGGACCUUGCGCUUUGGAUUACUCAAAAACGAGGAAUCAAAGCUUUUGGAGCGAUCCCCCGGCUGAUGAGCUCGUUCAACGACAUCGAAUUUCUUCCUCUGCGUCGACCCCCCCGUCGGUUAGGCGGCCUAUUUUAAACUUUAAACGCUCCUUAAACGCAAGUUCGGAGGAUUCGGGGGGGUUGAGAGGUUCGAGUCAGCUUUUUGCUAAAGAUUACGUCGAGUCGUUGCAUCAAAACGCGAAGGAGUCGCUAAUUUUCGGCAAAAACAACGUUUUGAUUUCGCCCCAAAAGGCGGGAAAUUCAAAUUUAAUCCCGGGGUAUUUAAGUUUACAUCAAAACGUUGACGGGUUAACAUUAAAAUGGACCCCGAAUCAACUUAUAAACGGAUUUAAAGACGAUGAAGAAUGUUUAAAGAAUGUAAACGAUAAAAGUGUUUAUUGGGAUUACGCCUUAACGGUGAGGUUGGAUGAAAUCGUUUAUGUGCAUUGUCAUCGCGAAAAUGAUACGGGGGGGACGAUUAUUUUGGUGGGACAAGACGGGGUUCAACGACCCCCGAUUCAUUUUCCUAAAGGGGGGCACAUGUUGGCGUUUUUAUCGUGUGUCGAAACCGGGUUGUUACCCAGAGGGCGUUUAGACCCACCCUUGUGGUCCCAAAGGAAUAAUAAUAACAAAAAAAGGAGGCCUUUAGCGACUUUGGGGGAAAAAAACGAAGAAAACGAUGGGGAUGAGACAUUCUUGGUUAAAAAGAAGGAGGAUUUGGUGUUUCGAAUCAUCGAUCACCGCGAAAUUGGACUCAAACGAAAUCAAUUAAUGGACACCCACGUCCAAUUCCCCUCCUCGAAAUCAAUCAAAACAAAUUCAAGCACAAGCUCAGAAAGCUCAACGAAAAGCUUAAGCAUCGAUCAAUCCGUUAUUAAUAUUAAUAACAUCACAGUUCAAGACGGUUAUUCCCCGCCGAGUAUCCAAGCAGUUUGCGAUUCGAUGAAACGUCAAAUCAUUUCGAGGGCCUUUUACGGCUGGUUAGCUUACUGCCGCCAUCUAUCGACCGUUAGGCGCCACUUAACCGGAUUAGUUAACUCAAAAAUAAUCAACGACGAAGUCGGCGCUAAAGAUGGCGUCACCAUCGAAAAAUGGCGCGAAAUUUGCAACGAAGGCGUCAUUACCGACCGAGGCGAAUUAUACAAAUUAGUUUAUUUCGGCGGGAUCCACCACGAUUUAAGAAAAGAAAUUUGGCCCUAUUUACUAGGACAUUACAAAUUUGGAAGUAACAUAGACGAAAGGGUUAAAUUAAGCGAAGAAACAAAACAAGCGUACGAAAAUACAAUGUCGGAGUGGUUAGCCGUUGAGGCAAUAGUGAGACAACGCGAUAAAGAAAGUCAAGCUAACGCGAUUGCUAAAUUAAGCAGCGAUAGUAUCAGCGGGAACGAAGUCCCAAAACAGAUUCAACGAGAUUUAAGUAAUGAUGUUUUUGAAGAUUUUUCUAGUUUUUCCGAUGAGGAUGAUCCCAAAAUCAUCACGCAUCCACAAAACGACGAUGAAAAUGAUGUUUUAUCGAAGGAGAAUGUAACGCAACACGAUUUAGAUUGCUUAAAAAAGGAGAGACUCCUCAAGGAGUACUCAACCACCUCAUCGACGAAAGCGCAAAUUUCGGAAUUUUCGAGUAUUGAUACUGAGUAUUCAAGUAAAGAGACUGAAAGUUCCGAAGUGACCGAAAUACAAGAUAUGGAGAAGUGUCUAAAUGUUAAUGAGGGGAAGUUUGUUACCCCGGAAAUGACAACGGAGGAUUUUGAUGUUAAUAACGUGAUCGUAACGACGGCUAGUGUUGAUUUGAAUCAACCGGAAGUGUCGGUAAAAACGUUUGAGAGUUUAACGGCCGUUAAGGAGGAAAAUAGUUUGGAUACGUUGGAUUGUAUUGAUUCGCAUGGGUUGGUGAGUCCUUCUGUGUCGGCGUGUGUUUCCCCGGCGAGUUCUAAUGGGGGAGUUUAUACGCAAGAACUUUUAGAAUCGUUCGGGCAAAACUUGCAUAGAAUCGAUAAGGAUGUUCAAAGGUGUGAUAGGAAUUAUUGGUACUUUACGAACGAAAAUUUAGAGAAGUUGAGGAAUGUAAUGUGCACUUACGUUUGGGAACAUCUCGAAAUCGGUUACAUGCAAGGAAUGUGCGAUUUGGUAGCGCCGCUUCUCGUCAUUUUCAACGACGAAAGCUUAACGUACGCCUGUUUUUGCCGCCUGAUGGAGCGCAUGGUCGAAAAUUUUCCAAGCGGAAACGCCAUGGACUGUCACUUUGCGAAUAUGCGCUCGCUAAUCCAAAUUCUCGACGCCGAAAUCUACGAAUUAAUGCAAUCUCACGGCGAUUACACCCACUUUUACUUCUGCUACCGAUGGUUUUUGUUGGAUUUUAAGCGCGAGAUGGUUUACGACGACGUUUACGCGACGUGGGAGACGAUUUGGGCGGCUAGGGAAGUCGCUUCCGGCCAAUUUGUGUUGUUUUUAGCGUUGGCUUUGUUGGAGACUUAUCGGGAUAUUAUUUUGAGUAAUGGGAUGGAUUUUACUGAUAUAAUUAAGUUUUUUAACGAAAUGGCGGAACGUCACGACGCGUCAGCUGUUUUGAGGUUAGCCAGGGACUUGGUGUUGCAAUUACAAUUAUUGAUUGAGAAUAAAUAAUGAGAUUGGCUCAAAAUGAGGAAUUUGUGCCAAAAAUUAACAUUUUCGAUGUGUAAUUAAGAUAAAUUAAAGAAAAACAUGGAGGAAGUAUUUUUUAAUUAAUGCAAAUCUACCUGAAGUAUAAAACGCACUUUAUACAUGAUUAUAUUGUGAUCUAUUCUACUAAAGAUAGCGUUCUAAUUAAAUUAAAUUCAAAGGUCGAAAUAAGAGUGUAUUUUAAUAUUUUAUGUUUAAAGAGAAUGCAUAAAAAAAAUUUAUCCGAUUUUAUAUUUUUAAAUGUGCCUUUUUCAGAUGAAAUAUAUUUAAAGUAACUAAAACUAUAUUGUAAGUACGUUCAAGAAGUUAUAACCUCAAAGAAAUUAUUGUAAUUGAUUAAAAAAAAGUUGUACAUAUCAAAAAAUUAAACGAAAAAAUUAUUAUUAUUAC